AUGGCUACCACAUCCAAGGACGGCAGCAGGCGCGAAAAUUACCCACUCCCGGCACGGGGAGGUAGUGACGAAAAAUACGGAUACGGGACUCAAUUGAGGCUCCGUAAUUCGAAUGAGUACAAUUUAAAUCCUUUAACGAGGACCAAUUGGAGGGCAAGUCUGGUGCCAGCAGCCGCGGUAAUUCCAGCUCCAAAAGCGUAUAUUAAAGUUGCUGCAGUUAAAAAGCUCGUAGUUGGAUCUGGGUCGUGCGGUCGCAUGCCGCUGCUUGUUCACGGUUUUGGUUACGAUCAGGACGUGUUCAGCUCG